AUGGAAGCACAUCUCUACUACGCUGGUCUCCGUGAAAACGGUCGCGGGCCCAAGCUCAUUUACAGAGAUUCUUCCGACGUCUACGAGGAACCGACUGGCCCUGAGGAAUACAAGCGACUCAUGCGCCUAGUCGCCGUUCCAGAUGAGUACGAGUUCAGCCAGGAUGUCUCAUGGGAAAGGAUCCGGGAUAAAGUUGUCGAGCUCCUCGACGAUAAGAGGAUCAAGACCACUUGUGUCGACUUUGUUCGAUUCACCUGGCUCGUCAAGAAGGACGGGGUGAUCGAGGUUGACGAGGGCGAGGGAGAGGACAACUCCGAUGAAGAAGACUUCGACUACGACUCUAUCUCACCUAUCAAGCCUGUCGAGGACGGUGUGCGUCACUACAGCAACCCAACCAUCUGGGUAGGCGUAACCCCCAAUACUACCGCUGCCACUGCAUUCGACGCCACCAAAGACAUCCGUGCCUUCCUCGCCGAGCUCGAUGUCACUAAUAUAGAUAUCGCGUUCCGCGAGACAGUUCCCAAGUCCUCCACUGGACCAGCCCUCUUUGCUCCAGUUGGUAUCGUCAGCCAUCGCAGGGAUUUCAUCGACCCUGUCUCCGUUGCUCUCAGCCUCCCCAUCGCCGGCCUCAAGACAACAAUGCAAGGCACUAUGGGCCCCUACUUCCACGUUGACAACACUCUCUAUGCCAUCACCGUCCGGCACAACCUGUUCCUUGCCGAUGAGGGCAACGACGAGUUCAAUUUCGACAGCUCUGAAGCGAAGAUACAGGUCGUUUUGAUGGGCAACCCUGCCUUCACGGACUAUGUGGAUUCCAUCCAGGCCCAUAUCAAAACGCUCCAGGACUCCAUCAACAUUAUCGAGAAGAAAAUCCCGACGCUCAGACCCAACCUCCCACAGUCGCAGACUGAGCUCGAUGCAUACGAGGCCGAGCGCGUCAGGCUCCGCGCCAGGAUUGACGAGCUCAGGGCCUUCUAUGUGGACAUUAGGAAACGCUGGGGUAAGACCACGCAGCGCGUCAUAGGCCACGUCGUCUGGGCACCCCCAAUUGGAGUUGGUGUUGCUCCUCACCAGUAUACUCGCGACCUUUGCGUAGUCCAGUUGCAUAAGGAAAGGUUCAUGCAUCUGCUCGGGAAUGUGCUUAGUCUUGGCCCUGAGUACACUUCUACGAAGCUGAAGGCGUUGUUGUAUAAACGCGACGAUGUUCAAUCAACCUUUAAUUACCCAGAUGACGGCCUCCUUAUUCUCCGAAACAUCCUCACCGCCCAGCAGAUCAGCACCCCCGACGAUAAGAACGCCGAAGGCGACCUCAUUCGUCGUGCUAUUAAGCGCGGCUUCACUACUAAUACUACCGUGGGCACAGUCAGCAGAUUUAUGUCCUUCGUUCGUAGGUACUUCCCUACGGGCAAUUUAGAGUCUAUCGAGCUGCCGAUUCUCCCUCAUGAGAAAGAGGCUGGCACCUUCUCCAAGGGAGGCGAUUCUGGGUCCAUCAUUGUCUCCCCCAAGGGCGAGUUCAUUUCGUUGCUCACCGGUGGGUCUAACAAGGGAACCGAUGGCUCGGACAUCACCUACUCUACCGUCUUCGAAUGGGUCUGGGAGCUCGUGCGUGAAAAGUACCCAGGUGCGAGCCUCUACUGGGACGACAUUCAGGCAUUCUUGGCUGCCUAG